AUGGCAGAUGGACGAGGUGGGACUAUCAUAGAUUCAGGGACUCCAUUCACCACUAUGCUUAUGCCUCAUCUUGAAAGAGUUAUACAAUUGUUCGUGGACUAUUUCCAUCCAUUUGGUAUUCAUCCUGUUGUUGCUCCUCCUGAAAGUCCUUUAGAUACUUGUUGGGUUAUACCAGCAAAUUUCAAUAACUUUCCGACAAUGACAUAUCAUUUCCAGGAUGCGGAUUUUGUUAUUCAGCAAAUGUCUGGUAUUUUUGUCUACAUGGGAGAUCAAAACAUGAUAUGUCUUGGUAUCAUUGGCGAGGAAGACAAUAUUGCUCCGUAUGAUGUUAUUUUAGGAGCUAUGCAACAAGCUAACAAAAGGAUUAUGUACGAUAUUGAUCACCAGCACCUCUCCGUAUGA